CCCAUUGCGACCGUUUUUCGCCUUUGCCGGUUCCCGCUGCGCUAAACGCAAAACAGCUGCUGGCACCUGCGCGUUUUGAUAGCGAUAGCGAUAUCAAAAUUCCCGUUCCCGUUCGCAAUCGCGUUCUUUUACGUCCUAUUCGCGGUAUUCAAUUAGCGACAGACCAGACAGACAGAUAUAAUUGACACCCAUACGUUAGUCUAUUAUUAACUCUAAGAGCUCGACGUAUCCACCAUGUCCUUCUCCGUCCGCACUACGAUCCAUGAGUCUCUCCCUUACGUCGACCCCGAACCCACGCCAGCCGAGCGCGCAGCCGCUGAAUCCCUAAUCGCCCAAGAACAGCAAUUCUCCGACUCUCCGGCUCCCUCCAACCUCCCCCCAGUCCCCUCCCCAAAUUUCACCCCCGCCAUAACCGGCGAACUCGCACGCAUCGCCUCUAAGCAACCCCUACGCGCAAUCGAUCUAACCCGGUAUGAAGCCAGCGACAUCGACUCCUCCACAUCCUCUGACCCCUCACAUUUACAAACCGAACUCUCGCGGGCUUACACCGCAGCCACAUACCUAUCCGGCCGACACACACAUCUACAGCUUCUAGACAGCUUCGGCAAGAACGCCUGGUUAGUCGGAAACUGGCAACUAGAAGCCGAGCUGCGGGAUUUGGAGCGAGAACUCGACGCCGCUAAGAAGGAGAUCGACGUCGUUAAUAUUCAACGGAAGCGUGUCCAAGAUGAGGUUGGCGGCGAGCUGAAAGGGCUCGACGAGGCUUGGAGACGAGGUAUCGGUAAGGUGCUCGAGACCGAGAUUGCUACCGAAGGAUUGAGGCAGCAGGUUUUGGAAAGGCAAAGAGGUAGCGCGUGAAACUAUUGCUAGAUUGAGUAUUACAUGGAAGAAAAGAAGACAAGGAAAGGAUCCUGGGUAAUGCGGGCCGGGAGACGGCGUUACGGUUGAAAUUUGAGGAAACGUGGUACCAACUCAUAACAGAAUCACGAUACCAGCUUAGG